AUGUCAGUGCCAAUUCUUCCAUUCCAAGUCUGCUGGAGAGGGGACGGGAAAGUCCAGCAUGAAGAGUUUGAGAGGAGGGAGGACGCCAUCGCCUUCUACGAGAGCGUUCCCUCCUGCACAGCCAAGAGGCUGACGGAGGAGGGAGUCGAGGUCUGCUUGGAGUGCGGAGGAGGACGGUGGGAGGAGGAUUGGACCCCUGACCACCCCAGCUCCUACAUCUCACUCAGAGCUUUUCUCACAGAGGAGGAGAUGAACGUCCUGGGCGACCUAGCUCGCCGAGCACGGGUGAAGUUUGACAGGAGCAUGGGGAUCGGGGCCCACGGCAGGUCUCUCCGCUGCGAGAGGACGCUCGUUCCUCUGUGCCUGGUGAACCCGAGCACGCCCGACAAGCGGUACGUCAUCCUCCACGAGCUCAUGCACCAUCAGCUCGACGACCUCGGCUGCCCCUGCCUCUCCUGCCCGCUGCUUCACAUUGACGAGCGAGGGAGGAGGAGGAUAGGAGAUGCUCCGAUACCCGAUGGCUGCUGGCUUGAAAUGAUCGACAACAAAGUAGACCCUACGUUCCUCCCUAACACAGUCCAGAUAGUCUGGGAGCUCAUUCAGCACUCUCGCUUCAACCCCUUCCUGGACAAGAACUUCAGCUCGAGAGCCCACACGGCACGGGACAAGUCGCUCAAGGAGCUUCUGAGAGGAGACGCGCUGCUGUCCUACUGCAACCCAAAGACAGAUCCCCAUCCUGUCCGACGGGUCAUGAUGGCGAUUCAGUAUGCGACCGCGAAACUGGAGGGAUCGAUGCCUGUACUGUCGUGGUUCCGCAAGAUGCUGAAGCAGGAAGGAGCAACAGGAGAAGACAUUAUCGAACUAGGGGAGGCAAUCUCCAAUCAGAUUCAUGUUGUGGAUGUAGACGUGUGCAGGUUGGAAGAGGAGGAGGCAGAAGCUGUCAUGGCAGGAAUGCUUCUUGACCUCAAGCGCGUCCUCAGCCUCCUCAUCCCGGAUUUCGUCGUUGACCUCAAGGGAAUGCAGCCCCUCCCAUCCUGCCACGAGAAUCGCUCUCGCUUCAUAACCAACCUCAACAUCGAGUUGAGACGUUGA